GUUUUACACCUUGCUUUUUGUUACGCCUGCAGCGGGUUCCCCCGUGCACCCAUCCGCGACCCCAUUUUUCGCCCAUCCCAUAGCCAGACUUUGCAAAUUUUCCUCCUCACCGCCGAGGAUCUCCUAUAUCUACCCCCAGCACGGUGACCUGCUUUGAAUUCGACGCGUUCGGGGCCUCUGCAGCAUGACGGACGUUACCAAGGUCAAGGAAGCCGUCAAAGAGUCGCUUCUCGGCUCAGAACACACUGCUGAGGGCGAGCAGCUAUCCGCACAGUCCAAGGCGACCUUUGACAAGAAUGCGCGGAAAGAUGAGGACACAGGUGAGCUGUAUAUGGGCGAGGAGGAGUUCGUGAAUGCCGUUGCGCCAGAGGGUGAAGAUUACCAUAAAAUCAAACGAGAACAGUAUGCGAUCCUGUUCAAGGUUGCAGACCGACGGAAUGUGGGCAAGAUCAACCUGUUCGAUUGGGGUACCUUUGAGAAUCUCUUGGCGAAACCAGACGCAGAGUACGAGAUUGCCUUUCGAUUGUUUGAUGUAGAUAAUACGGGGUUUGUGAAGUAUGAUGAUUUGAGGAAGCUGUAUGAGAUGAAUAAGGGUCCUGAGAGCAUACCGUUCGAUUGGAAUUGCGAAUGGGCGACUUUGUACAGUGGUGGAAAGAAAAGGAGACAUGAUUUGACAUAUCCACAAUUCUCGCAGAUGCUGAGAGGAUUACAAGGCGAGAGGAUACGACAAGCGUUCCACUACUUCGACAAGGAUGGCGAUGGAUACAUUGAUCCGGAGGACUUCCAGCGCAUUAUCCUACAGACUGCCAGUCACAAGCUCUCCGACCACCUCCUCGAAAACCUACAUACCCUCUGCAAUAUCUCCACGGGAAGCAAGAUCUCAUAUGCCAAUGUACGGGCUUUCCAAAACAUCAUUCGAGAGAUGGAUUUGGUGGAGUUGAUUAUUAGACAAGCAACAGCGCAUAGCACCGAUGGCAAGAUCACUCGAACCGAAUUCCUCAACGAAGCUUCACGCAUCACUCGAUUUUCACUCUUCACUCCUAUGGAAGCAGACAUCCUAUUCCAUUUCGCAAGUCUCGACGAACCCUCAGGACGACUCGGCUUGAGCGACUUUGCGAAAGUCCUUGAUGCCUCAUGGCGCAAUCCUCUUUACAAUGCCUUCAGCGAUGUUGCAGGGUCCACAAUUAAGAAAGCGAAGACUACAGGUCAAACAUUCUUACACAAUGCUCUCGAGUCUGUGCAUCAUUUUGGUCUGGGAGCGCUGGCAGGAGCGUUUGGCGCAUUUAUGGUGUAUCCCAUUGAUUUGGUGAAGACCCGUAUGCAAAACCAACGUUCCUCGCGCGUAGGAGAGAUGCUGUAUAAGAACUCGCUCGAUUGUGCGAAGAAGGUUAUUCGUAACGAGGGGUUCAAGGGCUUGUAUUCUGGCAUCUUACCGCAGCUUGUUGGUGUUGCGCCAGAAAAGGCUAUCAAGUUGACGGUUAAUGAUAUGGCUCGAGGUUUCUUCUCUGAGCCGGAUGGAAAAAUUUGGCUUCCUUAUGAAUUUCUUUCUGGUGGUUCUGCAGGUGCUUGUCAAGUUAUCUUCACCAACCCCCUCGAAAUCGUCAAAAUCCGUCUCCAAGUCCAAGGAGAGGUCGCCAAGAACGUCGAAGGAGCCCCCCGCCGCUCCGCCAUGUGGAUCAUCCGCAACCUCGGUCUCGUCGGCCUCUACAAAGGUGCCUCAGCCUGUCUCCUCCGCGACGUCCCCUUCUCCGCCAUCUACUUCACCUCCUACAACCACCUCAAACGAGACUACUUCCAAGAAUCCCCCACCAAGAAACUCGGCGUCCUACAACUCCUCACCGCGGGCGCCAUCGCCGGCAUGCCGGCCGCGUACCUCACUACACCUUGCGACGUCAUCAAGACUCGUCUGCAGGUAGAGGCCCGCAAGGGCGAAUCCUCAUACACCUCGCUCCGCCACUGCGCGCAGACUAUCUUCAAAGAAGAAGGCUUCAAGGCGUUCUUCAAGGGCGGUCCGGCACGUAUAUUGCGCUCGUCCCCGCAAUUCGGCUUCACCCUCGCUGCGUACGAGGUCCUCCAGAAUCUCCUCCCGAUGCCGGGAUCGGCGACGCACCAGAAGGAAGCCCCGCAUAUGGGUGUUAGUGCGACGAGCUCGGGUGGGCUGCCGGGCCAGGAGGGACCCCUGAGUUAUUUGAGGAGUCGGAAUGCAUUGAAGAUUAUCCUUGAUCUGGAUGAGGAGUUUGGGCGUGCAAAGGUUCCCGGGAGGGAGGGCUGGAGGAGUUUACCUAGGUUGAUGGGGGGUGGUGGGGGAAAGUAGGAGUAAAGCGAGCUUCGCCGCAGAAGAGAGCGGAGCAGUGAGCUUGACAGCCUAGAGAGGAGGAAUAGAGGAAAACCAUGUAAGACUUGGGUGAAACUGGGCUCGUCAUUGGCCCUGUAGACAAAGUGGCGUUCGUCGUUGGACAUAGACAGAAAGAAAGACGGAGAGAUUCGCAUGGCAAAAGAGGAACAGAAGCAUGGUUGGCGUUCUUUUAUUGCUCUUGUUUUGGCUGUUGUAGGGAAGGAAGGGGGUUUAGUAAAUUGUAAUUUUUG